AACUAGAUCCGUGACGAGGACAUGCGACUCGGCGGGACGCCCUUAUCCACGAACGAGGAACACGCGUCCGGGUACCGCGAGGGAGAAGUGUCGAGUGCCGAAUCGCCGCGGUCCCACCCACGAUAUGGCUAAGAACGUAGGGGAGAGCCGAAUACCUGUUCCACGGGCAGCUCGACCGUCGUUCUUUCCGAAAUCGAGAGUACUCGAGGCGUCGAGGCUCUUGUCGGGAAGUCGUCGAUCCACUAUCUUCUCGGGAUGCUUUCAGUUCGUUAACACCGAGGACGAAUCUCCUACUCCGCGGGAGAAGUUCCCGGGAUUCACAUCGUCACCUAACAUCAAAACCGACUCAGCGUCAGAUCAGACAUUUACUAUAUCACCAGGAUGGGACAUCGACAAGAAUGAUGUGCAACAAUUGGUCCACCUUAGCGAGGAAAAAAGUAGUUUGUUCAGGCUACUUGAAGACUCUCAGCUGAGCAUGAUCGAAGAUGUCGGCGACACCUGUCUUGUAGAAUCGGGCCUGGGCAAUUACAAUGAUGCGAGUGCAACACCGCAUUAUUUGAUGCUUAACAAACAAAACUCCUUCGAGCACGACGAGAGUCUCGGUAUACUGACGCCGGACCAGAUGACUGAUUUCACAGUGGCGUUGGAAUGUUCCAGGACACCAUCCUGUGAGAAUCUCACUGGUUCGGCCGGCUCGAAAUUAGCAUUGACCCGAGCGUCCGCUUCCACGAGGCCGUUAGUCGAUGUGGAACCCGCCGAAGAGGGCUGUAGCGAAAGGACGCCCUCGCCGGAAGAAUUACCGCUCGACCCUAAACCCGUGGAGCCGAUUAGGGGUGGUAAUACCGUGCCGGUAAGCUUUGUAACGUCAGUCACGAGCAUCACUAGUCUCGAAGCGGGCUAUCAGGGAGACGGUGAGAACUCGAGACCGGCCAGUCGCGGCGCGGAUCCACCAUCUAUGGCAGUGCCGCCGGUCAAUCUUCCCGCGCCAUGCCGCCAAGACCCGAUGACCGACUCGGACUUCUUCACUGAGAGCGACGCGGAUGCACACGAGGAGAUUGUGCGGGGCGACAGGAAGGCGCAAGUGAUUGACGGCACGCUGUUUUGCGCACCGGGCGAACGCGUAUGUCCUAGCUUCACUGGAGAAGAGAUGGAUUCUAGUGGAAUUUACUCGGAUUUGGAUAAGCUUCAAGCACCCGGCGAGCAAGCAUCGGAAGAAAACGACGAUCAUACUCCUGAUACCGGAGAUACUGAGCUUUCCCAGAGGAGUCAACCCACGCCGGUUGCAGCGAAUGUUAUCAUGGAUUACUUACAGACGUCGGACGAAACAAGUAGCAUAAACGACACAACGGCCUCCGCUGAAGUUAUGGUAAUUGAGAAAGUGGAGAAUAACGAAAACAUUAGGCCCAAACCACAAAGCAAGGCUGAUUCGGUGCCUUUGAAAAAGUAUAAAAUGCCGAAGAGAAAUGUCGUAUCGAAGAUUAAGGCGAUGAUCGAGUCGUCAUCGAAAGAUGAUGCGGAAAAGGAGGCGAGACGCUCUCAAAGAUCGACUAGGAAGGGUGGACGCUGGGAUGCUGUGAUGAACAAGAUAGAGGCUGGUAAAAAUGAGCAAAGAACAAGGUCAGCUAGGAAAGAAGUAAAAUCGAGGGUAUUGCAAAAUCUCACUUUAUCGCCUGCCGCGAGACCAACGUCGAAGAAGGCCGGCGAUGCAAACAACAAUAACAAUAAGGACAAACGGAGAACGCGCGGUUGGCAAGAAAUGAAAUCACCGACGCAGGAAACGGCUAGAAGUUCUGUUCGUAGUUCCAUGAGCGAUCUCAGCAGUGGCCCGAGUAAGGACAUACCAAAGAGAUCGCCGACGUCCACCAAUCCACCCAGGAGAUUCGUCUCGAACGGCCACACUAAUCAUCAUCAAGUCCGUGUAAAUAGUUUCGACGCGAAAAAGAACUGCAUCGAUGUGACGACGGUCGAACUCGAGAAGAGCCCACCGUCAGCGCGAAAGCCGGCGAUAACAAGGAGAUUAGCGGCUAACGCUACAGUAAAACAGAAAUCCUCCACUCCGUCAAUAAAAGAUCGUGAGUCUAAGGAGGCUCAUCACAAUAACUAUACGGUGAGGACAUCACCGGAGACGCGGGAUCAGGCCGCGCAAACCACCGUACCUUAUGAAGAUUUUCGCGCCGAAAGGGCUGCGCAGGCGCUUGCGGUGAGCGUACACUACUUGGCUUUUGAGCUGGAUGCAUUCGCUACUCCCCAAUUGAAGAAGGAUUUCGAGAAGUUGAAGAUCGAUUGCGAGAAGAUGAAGAACGAACGAUCGACCAUGCUUUCAGAGGUCGACGGUUUACGCGCGAGAUGUGUCAAUAUGGAAGAGAGAUUCGAAGCAGAGAGGGAGGAUCACAAUAAAGAUCUGGACCAGCUUCGCGACGAGUUGGAAGCUCAUAGGGCGAAACAAGUUGCCGCGCUCGUCGAGACUCUGAAAGAGGAAAGGCGCAAGUACGAUGUCAGACUGGAGGAAAUCACAAGGGAACAUCGCGCAACAAUCGCGAAAUUACGCGCCGAGCAGGUCAACGAGCUGGCUCGCAAGGAGGAGAUGAGGAGAUCCGUAGUUCACGAUCAAGGCGCCGCGCUAAUGGCGGAGAUCGAGUCUUUAAGAUCCGUGUUGGAGCUGAAAAGUCAGGAGAAUGCGGCCCUUCGAUCUGAACUCGACAGUUACAGACGCGACAUCGAAGAGAAGGAUGCGUUGCAGAUACGGCUCGAUAUGGCAGAAGCGAGAUGCGAAGAUCUGAAGGCCCAGCUUCAACGGAAGGAGUCCUUCGAGCGGCAGGUCUCGCACGAAAACGAGAUGCUUCACGAAUCGAUUCAUCAAGUCUCGAAACAUAAUAAACGGCUGUCGCAGCGUAACGAAGAAUUACAAUGGAAGUUGCGAAACAAGAAUGACUGGGUGAGCGUUCUUGCAAAUCAAUUGAAUCCGCGACUAACCCGGUCCACGGGCGCGGAACAGAUGGAACAUAGUUUCUCGGCCGAAAAAAACGGCGCUCACUCGUCAUCAAUGAUGAAGUUCAUGGUCGAAAAAGGCGCCUCCGUCUCUUGGACGUUGGAAAUCGAUGAUCUAUCGAAAGGGUCGUCAUCCGACUCACUCAGCACGAAAGCAGGUAGACCCACGGAGGGCGCAACGACAGUUUCUAGGCAAGGGUCGCUCAGAUUGUCGAACAGAACACCCGCCAUGGAUACCAGAGCGAGAUCGAAGAGUGUCUCAACUACGUGCGAUUCAACGCGUACCGCGGCGGUGGAUGAAGCUGCCGCAUGGUCGCCGACAUUCAGCUCGACGCCAGUCUCGCGACGACGUCCUAGGAAGGACCAAUCGUCGCCCUGCUCCUCGUCAUCUUCGUCGUCUUCCACAUCGUCCGCGGCACCAACCGUGAAUCCCGCAGUGGCCGCCGCGGUGGCGGCCGCUGCGGCCGCAGUGGACGAGUGCAGCAUCGGUGGCGGUCAGAGGCCUCAGGAGGCCGGCGGCGAAGCGAUGAUCUCCGAGGAAACGUCGGCGUCCAGCAGCGAAGACGAGUCGUCCACCGGUAGCGAUAUCCCGCGUCUGGGAAUACAGUUUGCUUGGGGCAAACCGAUCAAGUAACACUCGAGCGAACAAUUCGCGGCCUGCUACGCUUACCUGUCUACGCGUCCUUUCUCUCGCGUAACAAAGUUGUUUCGAAUCGUACGGCCGCUAUCUUUGUUCUUGCCUAUAGAGUGGAGUUGAAUUAUUCAUUUUCGUUACACGUGAUCAUUCCCUUUCAUUCGUUUAUAUCGGAUAUAUUACGUUUUGUAUUGUAUAACGCCGGUACCGCGCUUUCUUUCUUUCUUUUUUUUUUCUUUUUUUCUAACUAAUAUCCGAUAACGAAUUAGAGCGAGAAGAAAAUAGCGUUUACGUUUUAAGCAAAUGGGCCGUGCGAUUAAACAAUUCAAUUGAUUCCGGAGUAUAAUGUUAUAAGUUAGUAAGAUGUUUAAGAAUGAAUUCCACGACGUAUUUUAACGUUACGACUGUAUAAACUAGACUAGUACGAUUGUUUCCGUGGUUUUUCAAUUACGAAGACACAUUUCACAUCCUUCCCGACAUAUUUUGCAAUUUAAAGCAGCGAUUUAUUGUCUGGAUUUAAGACUAGGAUCUUCGAAAUCCGUUACGUAAUGAUUUCUUGAUAUAUACAACGAAACUGUUUCGUUUACUGCAAUCAAGGCAAUCGUGCCUUCUUUUCGGGCAAUCUUCGCCCCUGUAAAGUUCAUGAUGUUUAAAAUCUCGUAGAAUUUUUUUGUUUUUUGAACUUUAACAGGCAUUGAAAAAGGAAGUUUAAUGCCAUUUCGGCUAACAAUUUUUAUUGCGAUUCUCUCGAGAAUUUUACAGUCCGAUUAUUUGGACAUCUUUACAUUUAAGUGAGUGAAUUUUAUAAGCGCUACUUCUUUUUUUGGUACAGAGACCAUGUAAUAUUGCAGAAAUUAAAUAUAAGAGCAUGUGACAGAAGAGAGAAAUAUUUCACGUUCGCAAACCAUACCGAUUUCAUACUUGUAGGUCAAUCUUUUUUUUUUUUUUUCGGGUAAUGCACAUAAUUGUUUUUUUCCCGUUUCAUUACGUUUGCAAAUUUAUUAAUUUACAAACUUGAGCAGAUUAAUAUAUUUUAUUGCCAAAAAUGCGCGAAAUCGCGAAUGACGUUUGUCUUUAACGCGCCCCUGUGUAUAGCGAUACAAUUUGCGGACGGAUUAUAUGGCAAAUACCGCAAAAAAAAAAAAAAAACAGUGAAAACUGUUAGCGACAAACCAGCACGUUGUGACAAGAGUGUUAAUUUCACAGUCCGUUCCACACAUAGACGAGUAGUAGUCUAGAUGUAAAGAAGAGAAACGCGUCGCGAGCGCCGGAAAUACGGAAAUCGAGUAUUACUCAUCACGAGAAAGUACGUUUUCUUUUCUCAUUGUGUGCUGAUAAGAUCGAUGUAUUAUAUACUUCUCGAAUAAAUAAGUAUCAUCUAUA